AGGCAGCCCCUGUUUAGGCUGAGAGACUAGGGAUGGCGAAGCUGGAAAACCUAUCGGUUGUGGCCCACUCUCCCGGAGAUCUGCGGCUGGAGAAACGCUCAAUCCCAGAACCAGGUUUUAAUGAGGUGCUCUUGAAGAUGAAUGCAGUUGGUAUCUGUGCCACAGAUGUCCACUACUGGCAACAAGGAAAACUAGGAGAUGCCAUCAUUAGAAAGCCCAUGGUCUUGGGACAUGAAGGCUCAGGGACUGUGGUUAAAGUGGGAUCAGGCGUACAACAUCUCAAAGCAGGUGACAGAGUUGCCAUUGAACCUGCUUACCCAUUAGUAGAUGAUGAAUUCUGUAAAUCGGGACGCUACAAUCUAUCUCCAAAUAUGUUCUGCUGUGCUACUCCACCCUACGAUGGGCACUUGUCCCAAUACUAUGCCCACAAUGCCAACUACUGUUUCAAGCUUCCCGAGUGUGUGAGCUCUGAAGAAGGUGCUUUCAUCGAGCCCCUUUCAGUUGCGAUUCAUGCCUGUCGUCGAGGCCGAGUGAAUCUGGGCAGCAAAAUCCUGAUCUGUGGAGCAGGACCCAUCGGACUUCUGAAUCUGCUGGUUGCCAAGGCGAUGGGGGCGGCUCAAGUUGUGGUCUGUGAUUUAUCAAGUGCACGUCUGGAGAAGGCAAAGGAAGUGGGUGCUGAUUUUACCAUAUUGGUGGCGAAGGAGACACCCAAGGAUCUAGCCCAGAAAGUGGAGGAAGCUCUUGGCUGCAUGCCAGAUACAACAAUCGAAUGCACUGGUGCCGAGUUCUGUGUCCAUGCUGGUGUCUAUUUUUCUUUGGAAAGCACUUUGGCUGUUUGCACCUACUCCUGCAUGUAGUAUCCACUCGAUCUGGUGGGACUCUCCUCCUAGUUGGUCAUGGUGAAACUUUGGUGAAUGUACCCCUUCUGAAUGCAGCCAUUCGAGAGGUCGACAUCCGGGGGAU